AUGAAUGUCGUUAACCAGAACUUCACCCCCCCUCACCUUUUGAACCACAACCGCCUCUCACCACAUCGCAUUCUCUCGUCUUCUUCAGCCAUGUCUACUCGCAAGCGGAAAGCCGACGACGAUGGCAGCAGCGGCGGAGACGACGAACGCAUGUCUGCCUCUCCCUCCGCCUCGCCCGCCAUGUCGGCACGACCGCCGCCACGAGGGAUGAAGCGUAUGCGGACCAACAUGUCUGGACGACCGCUGCCAUUGCCACGUCUCCUCGAGACGCUCAACGCCGACGAGAUGCGGAACCUGCUGCAGUCCAUCUGCCAGCGCCAUCCAGACAUCGGCCACGAGGUCGUUUCUACAGCGCCGCGGCCAAGCAUACAAUCAACCUUGGAAGUACUGUCAAAAUAUGAAACCUCGUUCCAGGCCGCGUUCCCCUUCGGCGGCCGCUCGUCAUCAGAUUAUGCCUACAAUCGAGUUCGGCAACAGCUCAUCGAACUACUAGAUGCCCUGAAAGACUUUACCCCUCACUUCCUUCCACCAAACGAACAACAGCCCGCCACAUCACUCGCCUUUCUCGACGGUGUAACCGACAUCAUCCAUCGCCUGCCUGACUGGGACACGUACCAGCACAACCGGCACAAACAGGAGGCCUAUGAAGAGAUGGCAAAGGCUUGGGCGAUAGUCAUCCGGGAAGCUGCCAAGAAGGCGGGCGGGAUACAACUACAAUACGGUGGAUGGGAUCAGAAGAUCGCCAAGCACAAUGAAGUCUCGGGUGGCAAGAUGCAGGAGGCUGUCAACGAGUUGCGUGGAGGCCUGGGAUGGAUGGGAGCUGAUGCGCCGAACCCUGUCGCGAGCGGGCCUGCUGAUGCCCUAUCUGUUCGACAACAGUUGUUGAGUGGAAACUACGGUAUCGGGUCGCCCGCCCGCAUCGGUGCAUGGUAG